ACAGUUUACCAAUACCGGUGCUGAGAGAGAUUCCAAAUGUCGCAAGAACUCAGAUUGCUUUAUGUGUUGGAACUCGUGUGGGAUUCUCCGUCACCAUCUCACUGUGUGGACGUCCAUGUGCACCGAUCACACCGCCUGUUUUCCUGGUUGCCAAGUUGCCUGUUCUUUCUAUAUGGAUAAAACUGGUAGUGGCAGGGGUGGGGCCAGCCCAUUCCUAGAUACACCCCCUCUUCGCCUCCCCGCCUUUCUACCCCCGCCCAGAGUCAGUGGGAGGAGCCAGGUUACAUGGGGGCCCCCUGAUUGGUCAGCAAACGCUGGUUCCUCCAGUCAGGAUGACGUCAUCUCCAGGGAGGACGUCAUAUCUCGAGAUGACCUCAGAAGUCGGGAUGACGUCAUAUAUGUGAUGCUAAUGCACGGUGAUGGUGGAUGGCGGGAAAUUGUACAGACGUCCGCCACGACCGCCCGUAUACCUCCUGAAGCUACAUGGCCUCUGAGAGUGAGACUCUUGGCCGUCAAUCAACAGGGACUAGUCGCUGUCUCCGAGGUCUCCCUUAACCUUGACAACAUCUCCAAGGACCACCUCCCAAACUUCUUUGAUGUACCAGACUACAGGGAUCACCACCAUCUUCACGACACUCCGACUACCGAGGUCCCGUAUGGCUACAAGCUGAAGGCGGGGAGGACGCAGCCACCAUCACCAGUAGGAGGCGAGAGCGUCAUCAGCUUCCCUAACAACAGCUCUGUUUUUGAUAGCUCUGGUGACGGGUCUAGCAGCCACCCCGGACACACCCUCGACUAUACACCCAUCCACCCAGCUGGCCAAACACACCCACACACAGCUUACAAUCAAGACAAAAGUGAACCACCUCCACAAGCUGCCUCAGUAGAUCCAUCUUGGACCCUUCAGAUAGUGGACGUGGAGCUCGGUACACUGGCUGAGGUGAUGGUGUCUUGGGCGCCUCGUGGGUCAGGGAGGGUGGAAUACCUUCUCUCGUGGAUUGAAGAGUCAGGUUUUGUGUCUGGCCACUUGUUGACUGAUCAAGUUACCAGCGAGUUGUCCCUCUGGCCAGGUCAAGCAUAUUUUAUACAGGUUGAACUCAUUGACUCACAAGGAAAUGCUGUCUUGAAAAGUCUGUCAACACCUGUGAUGUUCAAGCCCACUUCUCCUUCCAGCAGCUCAACAAGCAAGUCAUCUCACACCUUCAUAACCACCUUUCCUUUUAUUAGCACGACAAAGACAGAUGUUACGUCCAGUACAACUCCUUCUCUAAUUCAGAGUAAAAGUUCUGAAGAAGAUUCAAGGAGUGAGAAGCGACUCCUCAGGCAUGGUAGUGUGUCUUUAGGUCCAGUCUUGAAGAACGAUGACUUACACGACUUCAUGCAAGAUCAAGGUUUAGAAGUAGAUCUCUUUCCUGAGGGAAGAUCAACAAGCUUUACAGAAUACUCAGAAAAAAAUGAACAAAUACAAGGAAACAAUGCUGAGCCGAGAGACGUAGUCCAGGGCGUAACUGAAAGACGACUGGUGCCAUUGGCGGAGGUUUCUUCCCGAGAAAUUCUGACAACAGGAACCUCAGACAGAAUAUCCCAAGUUAUAGUGUGGUGUGUGGGUGUUGGCAUAGGUGUUCUCCUUCUCCUCACACUGUGUAGUUUGGUGAUAUGGUUACUUAACAGAUGUCGAAAAUCAUCUCGAAAUGAGGAAUAUCCCGCAGAUAGACUGGAAGGUUUCAGAAGUUCUUAUAGGACAGAAAUUGCUCAACAGCAGAAUGUAAGAAAUCAAGCGACGUCUUGGACAUUUGAGAACUUCUGUUCAGCGAGUAAAAAAUCAAAACUGGCACCAGCAAGAAAGGAAAUGGUGGCAUCAGGGAUCGACAGCGCGUCCCUGGUGGAGAACUACGUCAUCAUGCUCGAGUCGCCGCCACCUACCAGGAAAAUGAGGCCCUAGUCAUAAAUUAUUUGCUUUUGUAAUUUUAUGAAAUAGAUACAAACUUUAGUCUUAUAUUUUUCAUUUAUUUUCUGGAUCUCAUUAAAUGUCUUACACAUAGAUAAGAUCACUACAGUACUUGGAUUCUCAUAGGCACAUAUUUGCUCGUGGUAUUUCUAGCACUGGGUGUGUAACUUAAAAGACUUCCAUGCAUGUGUCAAGGUAUACUGUACUAAUAUUCUACACUUUUCCAGUAUGAUAUUUGUAUUACUAAGAGUUAAUGAAAUCACAAUCUUGAAAAAUGUGUUAGACAUUCUGUUUGUACACUGCACUGGUUGUCAUUAUUCAUCAGCACAUGACAAAAAGCUUACAUAGUUAUCCUGUACUGUGUAGUCUUUCAUCGUACUUGUGUUCAUUCAUACCUUCAUUUACAAGUCAUAAAGAUUGAUCUUUUCUACAUUUACAUUAUAGCAUUAAUAAAACAAUGGUUCAGAAAUAUAGUCAUUAGUUAGAGAGUACAUGUUGAUCUGGUCACAGGUCUCAACACUCUAUCAUUUACAUCAUCACAUUAACUAUAUUGUUUGCAAUCCUCAACACACAAGUCAGUUCCUCAAUGCACAACAUGCAAGUCAAUCCACAACAGUCAAUUCUCCUAUACAUAAAGUCUACAGUAGUUGUCAAACACAACAAAACAAAUUACAUUCUAAGAAGAUAUUAAAAAGAUUCAGAUAAAUUUUUCACCUAACAGAUAGAAACACUAAUUACAUUGUCUUACUUACUGUAAUCUAUUAGUAUAAAAGUCUAGUGCUGUUUUACCGCCGUUAUCUUUUGUAGGUUAACUGUAAAAAGAUGUCAACAGUUGUGUAAGUUGAUGACUAAACUGGUGUUAUGGCAGAUGCUGUGUAGGUAUACAUCAUCUCAACAUCUACGGUACUUUAGUCCAGUCAACUGAUAAAAAUAUUUUAAAUGGCAGAAAUUGGAAUAUUAAAUAGACGAAGACUUCCAUUAAACAAUAACAUUAUUUAUCUUUAUGAUACACUGUGUUGUGUACUAUAACAAAAAGUAUAUGUUAAAUCCACAACCACACACAGUUAUUGAAGCAUUAUAGCCACAACCACAAACAGUUAUUGAAGCAUUAUAGCCACAACCACACACAGUUAUUGAAGCAUUAUAGCCACAACCACACACAGUUAUUGAAGCAUUAUAACCACAACCACACAGUUAUUGAAGCAUAAUAACCACAACCACACAGUGUUAUUGAAGCAUUAUAACCACAAUCACACACAGUUAUUGAAGCAUUAUAACCACAAUCACACAGUUAUUGAAGCAUUAUAACCACAACCACACACAGUUAUUGAAGCAUUAAAACCACAACCACACACAGUUAAUGAAGCAUUAUAACCAGACCAGACACUCUGCCACACCCAGAUGUGUACCCGACGAACAUGACUUGAGUGGGAGGUAUUCUUGUUGUCUAUGGAAGUGAGAAAUAAUGUAUCGAAUCUUAGUUUCAAGCCGCAUCAGUUGCUUUAUAAAUACCAGUCUUGACUUAACUGACUGAUUGACAUACCUGCUGAGAGAACUGUUGGACUAGCCUGUACUGAUACUGGCAACAUUAUUUAUAUACUACUGUAAGGAGUCAUUUGCACCAAAGACUAA